AUGACAAACAUGUUGGAGAAAAAGUUUACUAAUAAAGAUUUAGGAAUUGAGUUAAAUUCUUAUAUUGACAAACAGCAAAAUGUUUGGUUUCGCGGAAAGGAUGUUGCUGAGAUUCUUGGGUAUAGUAAUACCAAAAAAGCUGUUUUAAAUCAUGUUGAAAGUGAGGAUAAACAACAGAUAUUUACUCGCCAUCCCAGGGGACCCAAAACGGGUCCGGUGGCUAAAAGUUAUUCCAGCGUCCACAAAACGGGGACGGUGGCUCCAAGUGGUAGUAUGUGCACUUAUAUUAAUGAAUCUGGAUUCUACUCCCUUUUGUUAUCCUCUAAAUUAGAAACAGCUAAAAAGUUUAAACAUUGGGUAACAUCACUAGUCCUCCCAUCUAUAAGAAAAUACGGUUAUUAUAAAAUGUUUGACAAUCCAAAUAACAAAAUGUUUAAGAUUGAAAAUGAGAUGGACCUCCACUCUAAAGUUGUUCACCUAAUUAGAAAUUUUUACCCAGAUGCUAUUAUGGUACCAGGACUUGGGGAAAAUCAAGAUUCAUCAGAGAAAAGAAUAAAUAGUUGGAAAAAGGGAUAUCUGAGAGGUCAACCAGACCUUAUGAUACUUAAUUACCAUAAAGAUUAUAAUGGCCUUUGUAUAGAAUUUAAAUCUCCAACUAAUUACUAUGAGAUUUCAGAUGCACAAAAAGAGAUGAAAGACAGAUAUAAAAUAAAUUGUUACAAAUUUAUUUUAAGUAAUGAUUAUGAUUAUAUUUGUAAAAGAUUACAUAAGUAUAUGGAU